AUGCCAGCUGGCCACGCCGGCAAUGCGAUUGCCCUCAGCGGCCAUGACUGCAGCGUUCUCACGAUCCAAUUCAGCGCUGCGUCCAUUGGGGAUGGCCAGUCUGCGAGGGCUAGUGUGAGGCGUGAGCCGUGGAUGGCGGUGGAGUCGCGAUGCGAGGUGGAUCGAUCUAACGGGGCGGGCGGGCCUUCCGCGGUGGCGCUGGCGCUAGGCCCGUCCCGGACUGGCACGUCAUCUCCUGCACGUCACGCUGCUCCCUGUCGCUCGUCUGCUGCACCAGCGGCGCAAUUCACUGAAUCCUGGCAUGCCCUGUCUGCGAGGGUGCUGCGGGCCUGGGACGCGUCUGCCUCUGGACGUUUUCUUCCGGCCCAAGAACCGACUGACCACGCAAGGGAGCACUGGAGGCAUCGCGAAUAUGAGCCCCAGGACCGCAUCACCUGUCGCCCGCCGUCUAGGACACCCCAAUCAUCGCCAGCCGCGCCCCAGCCUCUCCCGCUCCCCGCCGCCCCUCCGUGCUGUUUUCGGCGUGCCGCGCAGCUCCCGACUGCUCGGGAUAGAGUGCUGGGGAUGAUAGGAGCCCGGAUCAUGGCGCAGAGCCUGCUCGUCCUGCUCUCCACAGCCAGAGGGUUGCAUCCAGAGCAGACAGCUCGCAGCCGUGGCGUUUUUGUGGUGAAUGCUGGCGCGGGUUUGCGACCUCUCCGCCCCAGAGCCCGCCCGCAAUAG